UUGAGCGACGGACGCGGCUCCGUCCCAGGCGCGGGGAAUGAGCGCGGCGCUGCCGAAGGUGCUGUGCUUGAAGAAGGGAAUGCUGCUAAAGCAGGUGUUUGUGCUCAGCGGAGCAGCAAUACUCAGAGAAAGCCGUCUGUGUGCUGCAGGUGAUGCACUUGUGAGCUGCCACAGACACUACAAAUCCCGUCCUACGCAUGGUAUUGGGAGGUUUAAAUACCUGCUCCCAAAGGAGGCUCCAAAGAAGAGAAAGGAUAAAGUACAGAUGAAAGAGAUAAAUGUUGGGACCGAAUAUGAGUAUGGAGAUGUCAACAUCCAGAUGACUUCCUAUGAUAUGUGUCUCGUGGAAAAUUUUGCUCAGUAUGUCCAUAAACUCUGCAACCGACUCUCCAUCAAAGUGAAUGAAAGCUACGCGAUGCCCACCAAAACCAACGAAGUGCUGUUCUUGGAAGAGCGAGGUUCCAAAAUGCAGCUGGAUGCAGUCCUUACUACCCAUCAGAGGGUUGUCCAGAUCAGCGGUUUAAGUUCAACGUUUGCUCCCAUAUUCUUGGAAAUUAUUCAGAGUAAUCAGCCUGAAGGGGUCCACCUGUUAGUGAAAGAGCACACAGAAGCUGACUUCAAGAGCCGAUUGAAGUCUAGACCAGAACUUGAAGAGCUGCUAGCGCAGAUGAACUGAGAUGAGGAAGAACGCUCCAUCCAUUUCAGAGCCACCCACGGGAGAGUGAGGCUUCUCCUCCAUGGCUGCUCAAGCCUCUGGAAGGCAACUUCACGAGCACUGUGCUGAUAAUUUGGUGAAUUGGAAGAAAUUUCCACUGUUGUCAAGCAGCUUGUCUUAAUAAAGCCAAAUACACAUGUU